AUGACAGUUGAUGAAGUCAUAUUGUCAUUAGCAUGGGCUCCCUCAACCUCCAACUUCAUCUCUUUCAAUAACUCUUCCAGUGCUGAGCACAGUCUGGUCAGACUAGAGCAGCCCAGGGCUCACUACUGUGUGGGGGAUACAUUGAAUGUGCUGGUGGAGAUGAGGAACUAUGCAGGCCAUCCAAAAGCCUAUGGCGGUGAUUUCAUCCUGGCCCGGAUCUACUCUCCAAACCUCAAGGCAGGUGCAUCGGGAGAUGUCACCGACUUCUUCAAUGGCUCCUACCGCGUGCGUUUCCGCUUGUUUUGGCCCGGAGAGGUACAAGUCUCUGUUCGGCUGAUCCAUUCAUCUGAGUCAGUUAAGAUCCUCCAGAGAGACUGGAUGCAUGACUACAGUAAGGCCACGCACAUGGGAACCUUCAUCAGUGGGGGAAAAAAGGAGACGUCUAAGUGUGCCCUCCGGCUGAGCUCAGACAGACCCCUUUGUGAGUACAGGAAGAAGGAAGAUGGAGACUAUUACGCCUGCUACCGGCCCAAGACCCUUCCCUGCAACUCACUGACCACCACAAAGUCCUACGUGUCCCCAGGUCCUAGUCUUACAAAGGAGGAAGCUCAGCUGUUAGCCAAUGAAGAUGCCAUUACCAAAUGUUUAAAGGGAAAGACUCUCUACAUAUUGGGUGACUCCACUGCACGCCAGUGGAUUGAGUAUUUGGGAAGCAAGCUGAAAGGCCUGAAAUUAAUAAAAAAUGGGGCUGAGUCAAGCGUGGCUUUUGAUGCCGAUAGCAACAUCACUGUCCGAUGGGUAAGGCAUUAUCAUCCUUGGGGUAGCUCUCGCCCUGUCACCAUAAAGGGAACAGUCACCAUUCCAGAAGUACUGGACAGCAUCGCAGUUGACGGUGGGAUGGAAGAUGUUCAAGUGGUCAUUGGAAUUGGCCAACAUUUCCGAUUAUACCCCCCAGAACUUUUCAUCAGAAGGCUACAAAAUAUCCGCAGGGCAAUUCUGCGGCUACUCGCCCGCAGCCCCAAGGCAAGUGUUGUUAUAAAGCUGGAGAACAUCAGGGAACUAAACUCAAUGAUGACCCACCUGUACAGUAACUGGUAUGGCUACAUGCAGAACCAGGCUCAAAGGAAGGUGUUUGAGGACAUGAAAGUGGCUAUAGUAGAUGCCUGGGACAUGACUGUGGCCGCCAACAGUUUUGCAGUUCACCCCAAUGCAGUCAUUGUUUCUAAUGAGCUGGCUGUGGCCCUGUCAUUCUUCUGUCAUUAG